AUGUUUGUAGAGGAUGCAUUCCAUAGAUUUAGAAAGAGACACUCCAGUGGUAGCAACGAUGACAGUAGCAGUAACAGCGGCAGUUUAGUAGUGGAUCCAUUUGAAUUCCCAUCACCGAUUGUCCCAAAGAUCUUCUAUUUCAUGCUGUUCUAUUGUUUCGGUGGAUACCGUCCUUUUGUACCGUUGUUCCUCAAGUCGAUCGGAUUCUCUGAUUCACUAGUGGGAAUGACACUCUUCUUUCCGCCAUCGCUAUCGUUCUUGGCUGGUCCUAUAUGGAGUGGUAUCUGCGAUCGUUUCAAAUGCCACAGAAGAGCAGUGGUUUUUUGUUCAAUCAUCAGUGCAUUUCUCAUUCUCCUUCUCUAUCUCAUCGACAACCAUCCACUGGUGAUCAUCAUCGUCAUCGUAAACUCUGUAGUUUGGGCACCACUCACACCCAUUCUCGAUUCUACCACCUACAAAAUUUUAGGUAAAAGUUCAUUUUUAUAUGGAAAACAAAGAAUGUUUGGAAGUAUUGGAUUUGCUAUUAGUGCAACAUUGGUUGGAUUCCUGGCGAAUCUGUUAGGUAAGCCAGUUUACUGGAUAAACUAUCCAAUUAUGAUAUUUGCCUAUGGUCUGAUGGUGGAGUAUAUGUACUACGAUCAACCAUUGGAUGCCAAUAGUUUUACAAAGUUGGAGGAUGAAACUGCAUGUAGCUUGUCCGGCGGAAACGAGGAGACUACUCCUCUGCCUGAAGACGAUAGUAAAACAUCGGUCGACCUUACUGGAAGAAUGGAGGUUACACCAAUCACAUCAGACGACGACGAUACCGAAGAAAUAGAUAUAGAGGAUCUCAAUGAAAAGAAUUCAAAGGAUGAUCAAGCUAAACAAAUGACAUUCGGACAAUCGUUGGUCGUUCUUUUGUCAAACUACCGAUUGUUGUGUUUCCUGCUGAAUGCACUCAUCGUUGGAACUGGUAUGGCUAUGAACAAUAAUUUCUUGGGAAUCAUUAUUACCGAGCAUCUCAAUGGAACAACAACAUUGGUUGGAGUUGGUUCAGUUUUAAAUAUUGUAUUUGAAUUGGUUUUCUUUUUCUUUGGUAAACAAAUUCUAGACAAGUUGGGAACAAUGAAAAUGAUUAUUGUUUCACAUGUAGCAUUGAUUCUUCGUGUAUUGGCAUAUAUUGUUAUUAUCAAAGGCGAGAUGAAUGCGUGGUCGAUUUUGCCGGUGGAGUUGCUUCACGGUAUUAUUUUCGCAUCGAUUUGGAGUGCAGGUUCCAGGAUUUGUUCGGAUCUGGCACCCAAGGGUUUAGAAGCAACAAGCCAGUCAUUGCUCUACAGUGUUUACCUUGGACUCGGCAUGGGUAUCGGUGCUUUGGUUGCCGGUCGUAUCCUCGAGACUUCAGGACCGGUUGCAAUGUAUCUUACCAUUCUUUUGAUGACCAUUUUCGGACUUCUCUUAUUUAUUGCUUUCCAAAUCAUGGAGAGACAUAUCGAAUCAAAAAAACUUUUACAACAACAACUGUUGGAUAGCGACAGCGUCGAGUUAGUCAAUAGCAACAACAAACAACAACCAGCAAUCUCCACAUCACUAGAUAAUCAUUCACUUUCAAAUGAAAAAGAAGCUCAAAGUCACCACAACGAUCCAAAAAUGAUAUUAAGAGCUUCAUUUGAAUAA